GCACUGACGCCUUUCUCUUGGGUCACGGUGACCCAGGGGGCCAGGCUUUGUUCCUUUUUUCUGCGGCGUUUAUCAUCUUUGCGCCUGCGGGGACUGAGGCUCGGUGGUCCGGCGCCGGCGCUGGGCACAGCCAGGACCCUGCUUGGUCCAGCUGAUGCUAUUGGGAGGUCCACUAGCGGGGUUGGCUGCAAACCGACCUGUUUGUGGUGGCAACGCUCCGUGCCUUUGCGCUGAGACUCAUCUUGAUGGUGAGGAAACAAGCCCAGAGCUGUUAAGCGAAUUCCCCAACGUCGCACAGCGCUGGGAGAGAACGCUUGAUGCUAUCUGCAAUUUUGUUAUCUGCAAUGACUCUUCCCUUCAAAGUCAGCCCAUUAUCUUCAAUCCUGACUUUUUUGUGGAGAAACUCCGACAUGAGAAACCUGAGGUGUUCACUGAGUUGGUGGUCAGCAACAUUACAAGACUUAUUGAUCUACCUGGAACUGAGUUGGCUCAGCUGAUGGGAGAAGUGGAUCUUAAGUUGCCUGGUGGGGCGGGCCCAGCAUCAGGAUUCUUCCGGUCUCUAAUGUCUCUCAAGAGAAAGGAAAAAGGAGUUGUAUUUGGAUCCCCACUGACAGAGGAAGGCAUUGCCCAGAUAUACCAACUGAUUGAAUAUCUACACAAGAACUUACGAGUAGAGGGUUUGUUUAGAGUACCAGGGAAUAGUGUCCGACAGCAGAUUUUAAGAGAUGCUCUCAAUAAUGGAACUGAUAUUGACUUGGAAUCAGGGGAGUUUCACUCAAAUGAUGUUGCUACCUUGCUGAAGAUGUUUCUAGGAGAGUUACCUGAGCCCUUGCUGACACAUAAACAUUUUCACGCACACCUCAAAAUUGCUGAUUUGAUGCAGUUUGAUGAUAAAGGAAACAAGACCAAUGUACCAGAUAAGGAACGGCAAAUCGAGGCUCUUCAGUUGCUCUUCCUCAUUCUCCCUCCACCCAACCGUAACUUGCUGAAGUUACUGCUUGAUCUCCUGUACCAGACAGCAAAGAAACAAGACAAGAAUAAGAUGUCCGCCUAUAACCUAGCCCUUAUGUUUGCGCCCCAUGUCUUAUGGCCAAAAAAUGUCACUGCAAAUGACCUUCAAGAGAAUAUCACAAAAUUAAAUGAUGGGAUGGCUUUUAUGAUUAAACACUCUCAGAAACUUUUUAAGGCUCCUGCUUACAUUCGGGACUGUGCCAGGUUGCACUAUGUGGGUUCCAGAACUCAAGCUUCAAAGGAUGAUCUUGAUCUGAUAGCUUCAUGUCAUACCAGGUCCUUCCAACUGGCAAGAUCUCAAAAAUGGAACCGGGUAGAUUCCUGCUCUCAUCAGGAGGAGACCCAGCAGCGUACGGAAGAGGCACUAAGAGAAUUGUUCCAACACGUUCACAAUAUGCCAGAGUCGGCAAAGAAGAAACAGCUCAUCAGACAGUUUAAUAAGCAUUCUGGGACCCAGACACCGGGACGCGAGCCUUCUACUCCCCUGGUGCAGAAAAGGGCUCGCUCACGGUCCUUCAGUGGCCUCAUUAAGCGGAAGGUCCUGGGAAAUCAGAUGGUGUCAGAAAAGAAAAACAAGUACCCUACUCCGGAUUCUGUAGCCAUUGGUGAAUUGAAGAGAGCCAGCAAAGAAAAUAUGAACUUAUUAUUUUCUGGCUCUCCAGCUGUCAUGAUGACACCAACAAGACUGAAAUGGCCUGAGGGGAAGAAAGAGGGGAAAAAAGCGUAGGAUUCUUCUGAAGGAUCCAGAGUUUUCCUGUUGUCCACCCAGAAUUCUUUCUUCUGUGGGCCAGGGGCCGUGACCACCCGCAGAAGAGCUGGGACUUGCAGCUCGCUUGCUGCGUGUUGAAUUGUGAAAGCCAACUAAUCCUGUGACUCAACUGAUACCUCUAACCUCACUCAGCGGCGAUGUCUGCAGAUUCUGCCUACUGAACCGGUGCUAGCAACUCUCUCUCUCUCUCUCUCUUUAAAAACAAUGUUCUGGGGAAACCACUAAACCGCCAAACCAGCUUACACACAGCACAUCAAUGAGCAGAACUCGGCAGGCUCCCCUGCCUGUUCCAUGUGUUUCUUUAGGCAGGUUCUGUGUUUCGAAAAUUUGAAGUCUGUGCUCAACUGCAGUGGUUUUUUUAAAAAGUGCAGUCAAUCUAGUGGAUUGAUGUUAUUUUUAACUGAUAGUUGGGACUUUUCUCUGUUUUGAUAGUAUUGGGGGAUAUGUUGGGUAUUGUUUUGUUUGUUUUUUCUUAUAUUUUUAAAAGCCAUAUUUUGGAUAAGUAAUUGAAAUGGGCUCUAAGCCAGAUGUCUUUUCUCUUUUUCACCUUAAGCUCUUUGUCUUAUGAGGCUGUACUCCUCAGUACCUAUUUGUGUCCAAAGAAUUUAUCGCUUUCCUGGGAAUUUUUUUUUUUUUAUGAUUUCUUGGGCCUGAGAUUAUAGGUAUUUGGCCUGCAGUAUUGACUAAUUCUGAAUGAUGCAGUAUCUUAGCAAAUGAUAUUAAACUGUGUCCUUUCUUCCCUCCUUCCUUUCUGUCUCCCUCCCUGUCUUCCUCUUUCCUCAGUGAUGUCAGAAUAGUCGUAUGGUUGCUGAACUCCUGCAUUCAUUCAGAUUCCUCUCACCUAAAACAUGUCUGGUGCCAAUGUGGUGCCUUCUGUGCCCAGUCACUGUAACUCAAAGCAUGUCACCAACAGCUUACUUGAGGCUUGCUGAAGUACCUGUAUGUAGUGGAAGCUCUGGAGUAGGAUUAGGCUGGGGCCGGCUUUAUGGCCAGGAUGACUCCUGAUGGAUGAGAUUAUCCUUCAUCCUUCUAAGGGAUCAGGUGUGCAGGCUGGACCGUCUCCUGAGAGCAAGCUGGAGUCAGAGGAAGGAACUGAGCAUCUGUCUCUGCAGGAUUGAGAGAUUUAAAGGAAAGAAUGUUCUUGUUUGGAAGCAGUUGUGGUUUAUCACCUGUGUUCACGGGCAGCUGCUGGCUUGCCCCUUUGCUUGUCACAGUGGGCACCAGGAGUAGUUUGGAGAUGGGCUGGAGCUUUGACUGGGUUGGGGAUGUUCACGUGUGUUUUGAGGAGAGUGGCAAAGCUCUGAUCCAGUGUGAGAUGUCACUGUCCAGAGAGCAGCAGGGGCAGGAGGGAGUGUUGUUUUAUGCCUGCUCUGUUAGAUGUGUGACCAUUCUUACCCCAUGUGCUGGGGCUGAGUCAGGCCUCAGGGGAAAGGCAGUUGCCCAGCAAACUAUGACUUCUGCCCUAUUUUUAAACUGUUGAAAUGGUGUGUUAUUGCUGAAACAAAAGAUGAUUCUGGGGAGCACAGUUUGCUGUUGUAUCUGGAAGUCAGUCUUGUCCGCUGUAUUUUCUGUUUCUUCUGCUGCCGUAACAACAGUAGUGGAGAAAAAUGGAAAAUUUGGCCAUCCAACUUGAUAGAUUGUAAAUAAUAGAUGGUUAGGAGUAUAAAGCUGCUCAAAAGUCCCUUUUUCUACAGUAGUUUUAUGUCAUUCUUAAAAAAUACUUAUUAGCAAGUUCAUACAUAUAGGGUUCUAUUUGAGUUUUUUCCUUAUAAAAUGUCCUGCACCAGCUGUCAGUGAGUGCAAACAGGGACCCCUUGUGGUAUGACCAGGCGAUAUCUUCCCUUAACUCAGUACUUGUUUCUUAGUUUGUCUAAGCGUCUCAUUCUGGAGUGGUGUGGUCUGCUAAAUGUGGUCUGGCACAGGUGGAGGGAGCAGAGCAGUGACCUCAUACCUCCUUGUCAUCGAGUUGGUUCUGUGGUUCUACUGGAGGGAGGUUCUAUAUGAGAUUUAGUUGGUUGACUGCAGUUAGUAAUCCAGGCUAGUGUUCUGGGGCUGGGGUGGUGAGAGAUUUCUGUCAUGUGCUUCUAUAUAGCUUGCCCCUUUGGGCAGUUUAUGUGGGUAUUUGGGCAUGUGUGUUUCAUUAAAGUAUUUAUUAAAUAUGAUUUCCCUUGCUGUAAGGGUAUGAUAGGUCUUUUCUUGUUUGUUUUUUAACAGAAGCUGUGAUCUAGUUGGAAUCCAAAUUUGAGAAAUAAACAGCAUAUAUUUCUGCCUUAUAAUAUGUAACUAUUCUAAUCCUGUGGAAUCUUACGGAGAAUGCAAAAACAAAGACCCUUUAAGCAUUUGCUACAGGAGGGUUGUGUUUCCUUUCUGACUCGGUGGGCAGGCAUUUUUGAGCCAGUAUUUAACAAUUUAAAAAAUACGUAAUAUUUUAAAAAUCUGUUUUAUGUUUGUUUUUCAUGUUGAAACAAUUUCUUUGGAAAUGCCUCUUGUUGCUUUUAAAAUUUCCUUUCUUUCUGGGGUCAGUUGCAGUGGAUUUUGAUGUAAUAUUAAUGUGGGGCAGUAUAUCUUGUGUGGGCUCAAGCAUAAAAAAUGCAGACCACUUCCUUAAUUCAGAUCAGUUGGCACUGGGUGAGCUAUCCUGGUUGAAUCAGUGAAAACCUUGGGCACUGGACUUUCUAACUUUCUAACUUGGUACAGCGGUGCAGUGUACCUGCUUUGAAAGACUCCAUUGCAGCAGUGAAAGAGGAUUGGAUGAUACUGAUUGUACCUGAGUGCCAAAACACAGUCAAGGAGGUGGUACCUCGUGAAUCAUAACUGAAACUGUAGUUGACCCUCCACCAGCUCAUUACCCCGAAUAAUUCUUCUGUGAUCAGGAAUGACAAUGGGCUACCUUGGGAAACAGAGCAGUUUGGGGUUAAUUGUGGUGAUCACUGGGUGUUCCAGCGGUGGCUGUUUUAUUGGCUUGUAAGAAAGCCAGUGGUUCCAGAGUGUCAGAGCAGAGCCAUUCUCUCCUCUGGAACAGGAGUGUUUCUGUUGAGCUUUCCUCAUAGAAACCUCUGCUAGGAUACGGUUUAAAACACCGCCUUCCAGGAGAUCCUGUGGUUGCAGAGUGGUCUCUCUAUUUCAUCUGCUUCCUUACUUCUUGCAGAGCCUCACACAGAUGCUUGAAACUGGCUCUCAUUCUGAAGUCUUUUCUGAGUAGAAUUCCUUUCCCCAGGAGAGAGCCGCAUCCAUCUGGAAGCCUUGGUACCGAAGACAGGACCUGGAUCCAAAGCUGGAUGCCAGCAGUUGGCAGGACUGCUGUAGGAAUUGGGGAAGAUUCGGGUUUCUAAGAUGCACAAGCUUUUCAGACCAGUGGUAAUUAAUCCGCUUUAAAACUCACUGGGGGAGAGCUGGCUUUCUUCUGCAGGUCAUGCUGAGCCGUUUCCACAGGUGGAGAGUGGAUGGGAGGGCUGGCGAGGAGGUGGAGUUAAGACUUAAUAGCCUGAGUGCUUGGGUUACCAUGGAAACUGGAGUGUGGGAGGCCACAGCAGAUGCUAAAGAGCCAUUGAGCACUCACCCAGACAUGUAUGGGGACCAGCAGAACUGGUUGGGAAAAACUCCUGCCCCAGGGUCCUUUCUUCACAGCAAGGCUUGCCUUUUCCCUACCCUUAAGCUCGCUCAACAAGAGAAGCAAGGUUUCGUAACUGUCUAACCAUUUUUUAUUUUUUCAUUCUUAUUCAACUAUAUCCUAUAUAUAUAUAUGUAACUGUAAAGAAACAUGUAUUGUUUUCCUUUUAUAUUCAUGUAAUAUUCGGAAAUUAAAUUUCUUUUGUUUCAUA